CCGACUCAUUCCCCACCCUCGAUGUCUCGUAACGGGCUUGCCAUCUUGCUUACGUUUUGCGUUGGUUUCGCAUGUGGUUACUACGCGCACAUUUUACGUAUCAAGUAUCUUCAUUCAAAGCGCGAUUUUUUGCGACGAAAGGCAGAGGCUGUUGAACAACUUCUUAGAGGAUAGGUCUCCCUGACUGUUUAUCAUGACUACACGCACUCCCCAUCGGUCGACAAAGGAAAUUGCUUAUGGAGUUUCAUGGUCUAACCCGACUUGGAGCCACUUGCUUUGCGCAGCCAACGUGUUAGAUUACUUCUGUGAUCUAUCGAACCCGUUCUAUGAUCGCCAGUGCAAUAAUGAAAUCAUUCGGAUGCAAAGGUUGAGCUCUGAACAGCUGCUUUGCAUGACUGGUACGGAGUUUUACCUUUAUCAAGCUCAAGAACCCAUUUUGUUCGUUAUCCGUAAGCAGCAGCGCUUGUCAAACACUCAAGUGACACCUCUGGCCUAUUUCUACAUUAUAAACGGAACCGUUCUACAAGCCCCCGAUGUUGCAACUCUGUUGAAUUCCCGCUUACUGACCACAAUUAAUGGACUAAACAAAAUACUUCAGACUCUGGCUCCAUGUGCUCGAUAUCAUCCAUCCGAUGGUUCGUACUCGUGGGACGAUCCGAACACCCUGCUUGGCUUGAACGUAAAUACGGAGAUUGGAAGCAUGUCACGUAAAACGCAUUCUGCGCAGACGGGUGCUUCCUCUAAGACAGACCAUUCUACACCCACCAGCCUCUUCCAAGUGCAGCGAACAGACUUUCUCCUUUCUGAAUGGGCCAGUAGAUUCCCAUUACCGUCCGCUUUUUUCACUGGUCAGUCUCAAGCAAGCGCCAGUGCCGUUCCAAUCUCGACCCCCUCAAACAAUCCAACUGGCCUAUCCACAUUGUCAGUGCCGACUACCGUUAAAGAGGAGGCCAGCGCGGAUGAGGGAUCACAUCGCUUACCUCGAGCACCCCUGAAAACCCCCGAUUCCUCGACUGGCGGACCUGUCACCUUAUCCACUUCAUCCACUGUAUUCUCACCAUCUCCCCAAUCGAACAAGAAAUCCCGUGUAAACUAAACACCCAUUGGGUGCUGUUCCCAAAAUGUUUUCUCCUUGCGUAAUGACCGCUGAUCAAUCAUGCAUCACUAUGAAAUCAUUGUUUGCACCGCUUUCUUGUUUCCCGAAUAAUUAUCGUGUUAUUUGAGCCUCCAUCUCAC